AUGGCAAUUUGCCUCUCUUGCACCAACGCGUCCAGUCCAAUAUCAAACGCAGAAUUUGUCUUUACGUCGUUUAAGCCAAGCCGAGUUAACUUUGCCCCCUUUACAGGCGAUAGAGUCCGUGGCGUGGUUAAUUGCUUUCGUUGUUGUAAACCUCGUUGUAUUUACGCUCAGAAACAACUCUCCACCCGGGAAAGAUAUCUUCUCGAAGAACUCACAGCCAACAAUGUGUUUUCUUGUGGAUCACCUUUAUUACCACCGAUACAUCCACUUGGAGAACGAAUCUCUAUGAGGUUAUUUCAUUCUUGUGAAGAUCCAGUUGAGGUAGCUUUUUACUGCAGUUAUUUGGACUCCUCAAAUGUCUGCUGUUAUUGUGGUAGUUCUGACAAGAAACUUCGCGAA